UGUAAGAAAUGUUGUGAACCAAAAAUUCAUUACCAAAAAGAGAAAAUUGAAGUUUUAAUUGGAACGUACAAAAAGAGAAAGUUGGAAAUUUAUCUAGGAACGGAGGGAGCAAUUAAUACACGAAAGCAAAACCAUGUUUCACUCCUCAUUGUAAGGUUCUCUCGCUUAAAGGUUUACGCAUCUGAGCCGUCCAUUAUACAAAUCUUUCACCGUCCAUCCUUUUCACCCCUCGGUUCUCCAGAUCAAUCACUGCCUCUUCCUUCUCCUUCCAUUUUCGUCAUUCCUCCAUCUCUGCCCCUUCCCACCAAUCUCCGUUCACUGUUAUUUCUGAUUAAAAUCUCUCAGUUCAGAUCUCUUUCCUUCAGAUUUCACAUCUGCACCGUCCAUCUAAUUACUCGUAUCAUAUACAGCCGACUAACUUCUCUAAGAGUGGAUUUCAUUCAUCUCCAUCACGACACUUCUCUCUUUCAAUCUGUUUUUCAUUCAUCAAAGCUUUCAGGAAAAUUUCAUAGCAGUGCAAUUUCAUCUUCAAUCUGUUUUCUUCACAGAGGUUAGUUUUUUUGUUCUUUCGUUCUUCACUUCGUUCACCCUACCUUCACUGCACUGGAGUUUAUUCGACCUCUCACUUUUCUGUUUCAUAGCAUCUCCGUUUUAAGAUUCCAAUUUCCGAUUCAGAUUACUGUUUUUUCAUUCCUCUUUUUCUUCGAAUUUCACCAUCCUCCCCUUUUCGUUUUUUUCUAACCAUCUGUACUUAGGGUUGUUAGUGCUCCGACCGUAGGGAUUUCUUCAAUUGCGUAUAUGAGAAGUUUGAUAGCGUAAGCUAAGGGUCUUGGUUCCUAUUUUUUUUGCAUUUCAUAUCUUAUUAUUUCUAUUUUUAUUUUAUUUUUCUUCAAUUCGCACUUUCAUUUUUCUCUUCAUUCCAAGUUCCAACUAACUCAUAUCAAUCCCAAUUUGUUACUACCUCCGUCCCAUAAUUUACUUCCGAAAUAAAGUGGCACGCGGAUUAAGAAAGUGAGAAUUGUGUGGUGGAGAGUUGUGCAGAGGAGAGAGAAAUGCUGUGAACCACAAAUUCUUUGCCAAAAAAGGAAAGGGAAGUUCUUUUUGGGACGGACGAAAAGGGAAAGUUGGAAGUAUUUUCAGGGACGGAGGGAGUACUUAAUUUAAUUUAGGGCCAGUUGGGGCACGAUUUACUUGACUAACCCUAUAAUUUGUUUGGUUGUCGACAAAAAUUGGGGAGUAAGUAAAUACCCCUAUUAUGAUCACAAUAUUCGAGCCUUCUGCGGUUCAGCCCUCAGCAAUGGCGCUCGACCCGGCAGCAUUCGAAACCAUAGUCCCUUCCCGCUACAUCACCUUCACACUCCCAAAUCCCCUCCUCCACCAUAACCACUUCACCUCCUCUCUCCUUCGCAUAGCUGUCAUCGAUUCGCCGACUGCUACCUCACCAACUUCAAUCGCCGCCAUGUUGGUCCCUCUCCUCCGCGAAUCAGACUGGACCUUUUCCACCGAGUCCGGCAGCGUCCAACUCAUCCUCUCAUUCCCCCAAAUCUCCCGCCUCGUUCUAAUCGGAAACUGCCCCGAUUCCCCCCACGCCACUUCAUACAAGCCCCCAUUGCACACAAAUUUAUCUUCAGAGACAUCGGUGAUCGAAGAUAUGUUAAUGCCUCUUCUGUUAGCGUUGUGUCCCAAAGAAUCAUUUCAUCAAACAGGUAGCAGGCCGCCGCAAAUUCCGUUCCUGACCUACGAAGAUGAGGUGAUCCGUAGCCACAUAUUAGAGACUUGUAUUGGGGAUCAUGUUGGUGAAAUGGUGGUGGAGGAUGUAGAGCUGGAAGCGGUAGAUGAUGAUAGGGAGUUUCGAAGGAGGCUUCGGUUUAAGAGAAUGCCUCAUUUAAUCCAAACUCAGAUAAGAAUUCACCCCGAUUCGCCCAAUUUUGAUGAGUUAGAAACAGUGAAUUUUAUAGUAGAUAAUGAGGUUUUAGUUCAUCCUUAUUUGACCCCAAUGGUUGCUGGGCUAUCUGUAAUUGCUUCAUAUCUGGACGAGCGAAUACAAAGAGGAUUUAGGCCAAAAGCAUUGUGUUUGGGGGUUGGAGGAGGAGCAUUACUUAGUUUCUUGAAUUCCCAGUUGAACUUUGAUGUUUUAGGUGUUGAGGAGGAUGAAUCUGUCUUGAGAAUUGCAAGAAAAUAUUUUGGUCUGAAAGACAGUGAAUCAAUUCGUUUAUGUAUAGGAGAUGGAAUGGAUAUGAUCAGAAAACUAGACAUUGAUGCAAAAAAAGAUAGUAUUCUGGGCAAUGUAGAUGGCAAAUUUGAUGCCAUUAUGGUUGAUCUUGACUCAAGCUGCGCUGGAAUGGAAACAAGUGCACCCCCACCUGAGUUUAUUCAGAAACCUAUCCUUCUGGCAGCUAAGAGAGUUCUUAGUGAGCAUGGAGUUAUCAUCAUCAAUUUCAUCCCUUUGAGCAAACGAUUCUAUGAAACAUUAAUAAACGAGUUUCAAGGUGUUUUUGAGGAGUUGUAUGAAGUGGAUGUCGUGGAUAAUGAUAAUGUUGUUGUGAUUGCUACCCAAUUGAAGACUGGAAGAGUUUCUGGUGAUUCUGAUAACUCUUUCCUGUGUAAGUUGGAAUCUGCAAUCGGAGGGGCUUACAUGGAUUCUAUUGGGGUACUCUCAUGUGCUGCUGCUGGUGGCCAAGGCUUAGGAGAAAGUGCGAACUAUGUAGUGUCAUAAAAAUUUUGUUCCUAUUUCUUCAGGUACAGAUAGUAAAAUUGAAGUUUACUCAAUAACUUUUGGAACUUAUACUUCUGUGGUAACUCACAUUAACAGUGGCUGUAUUCUUGUAGGAGAUUUCUCUCUCAGAAAUGUGUAAAACAAUAGAGGCAUAUUUCCCUAAAUGUCUAACUGUAUAUGUUUCAAAGAAUUGAAGGAUUAUGUGCGUGUAAAUAAGAACAUCUUUCUUAGUCCCAAAACA